CAUCCCUUAUUCCCGCUCCCGAAGACGCAAUCAUAGACAAUGAAUUUGCUCUAGCACACGGCGAUGUGAGCAAUUAUCUGCGAAUAAGCACCCUGAAGUACACUCUUCUGCCUUCUUAUAGGCCCCACUGCAGUGUUCCAACUCCUAUGUAACAUCGAAACAUGCGCGUCGUAAGCAUAGCAGAUGACGAAAGCAAUUGGGUUGAUAUGGUUUCCUCGAACUAAUAAACACUGCAACCCUCGACCCACCGUCCGACUGACGACUUUGAGACUGAACCAAGCUACUACCUUGCGGACGAACAACGCGACAGUUGGACCAUGAUGUCGAUGGAUUCCAUGCACAGUGAGAGUGUGCCAUGGCUCACGCAACCCGUUAUGCUGCAUUCCUCUCGAAAAUACACCUGCAGUCUCAAAAGCGCCACGCUUUGUGAAUGGCAGCAAGGGUACUGGAGAUUUUGGUAUGAAGCCGAUCAUCGAUACGCGCUCCCGACAAUCGCAUUCUUCAUGGCAACUAUCGUUCUCUUUGCCAUACCUUUCCUCAUCUCGAAGCUCAUACGAAAACCUCCCCCAAAGAUCAAGGCUGUGCGACAACUGCUUGCCGUCUUUCGCUACUUCGCCUACCGUUCCUGUCGCAUCAGGUCUUUGAACUGGAAUUCCGCACCACUCGGUAUCCUCAUACUUGGGGCGAUAGGCACAGUGUUCUUCGCUUGCAUGACACUCGGUCCGCGACCCUACUAUUGGCCGAACCAGAAGAGUCCUCCUAUCUCAUUCGGAGGUUCACCCCCGAUCGCCACAAGAACAGGAUGGAUGUCGCUCGCCUGUCUACCCUUCAUCAUGGCGACUUCGACGAAGAGUAAUAUGAUUACAAUGUUGACAGGAGUAUCGCAUGAGAAGCUGCAAUUGUUUCAUCGAUGGAUCAGCUAUGCAUGCUUUGUGCUCGCUCUGAUACAUACAUUCCCCUUCAUCGUGUUCAACGUAUGGAAAGGAUCUAUGGAGAGUGAGUGGCAUACGGACGUGUGUUAUUGGACCGGGGUCGUCGCCCUCAUUUCGCAGGCCUGGCUAACAUUUGCCUCCAUUUCCUACCUUCGAAACAUCAGCUAUGAGUUCUUCAAAGCAACUCAUUUCAUCGCGGCCUUGGUUUUCGUAUUGUUCUUCUUUCUCCAUUGCGACUUUCGGCUGUCGUCUUGGGAUUACUUCAUCGCAACAGGCGUCAUCUAUACUUUGUGUUGGCUCCAUAGCCAUAUGCGCAUAUUUUUCCAGUAUGGCAUCAAAACGGCUGCGGUCAGCAUAGUAUCCAACGACUUUGUCAAGAUUUCGAUCCCGAUGAACGGCAGCUGGAAAGUGGGUCAACACUACUUCAUCAGAGUCUUUGGCCUAGGUGUACACGGAAUGACUACACACCCUUUUACGGCAUGCUCUCUUCCAGGAACGACUCACUCUCGCAUGAACGAACUCGUCUUCUUUAUUCGACCACAGGGAGGUUUUACAGCGCGCUUGGCAACGCACGCUCGGCAACAUCCUGAUAUGAGUCUCAAAGUGCUGCUCGAUGGCCCUUAUAGUGGCAUAAACAUGCGCAGGGUUGCUGCGAGCCAAAGUAUUGUGGCUAUUGCUGGUGGAUCUGGUGCUGGCUGGCUUUUACCGCUAAUCGAAGCGUUCCUGCGGCAGAGUGAGCAUCAGGCUGCAGUUCGCGCAGCAGACACGCAUCGCGACGGCGACGGAGAUGUCAACACACAAGCGACGAUGCGAGUGAUACUGGCGACCAGAGAUUUAUUGACUAGAGAUUGGUUCGAGCAGGCCGUCAUCGAGCUAUUAGCGAAUAAGCUGAGCGGAUGUUGUUGUGACGGAUUGAACGUGGACAUCUACUACACCGGUAACGAGAAGCAUGAUAGUACGCUCACAAGCCCCGAAAAAGUAGAAGAGAAGUCUGAAGUGUCGAAUGGGAGCGUUGGCUCAGGGACAAAUGUACGCCGCUCGGAGGAAGCCGCAUCAAACACCCUCUGGUCUGCGCUCACCCCUAAGCAUGUAUCGCAACGACCGGACCUACUAGCCGUCGUCGCCGACGCAGCAGAGUACGGUCGCGAAAGUACGUCUGUGCUAGUAUGCGGCCCGUUGAGUAUGCAAAGCGAUGUGUCGAACGCUGUUGCUCGUGCGCAGAUUGGUGGCAUGAAGGAUGGAAAGCGGGAUGUAUAUCUGCAUAUGGAACACUUUUCGUGGGCCUAAGCGUCAGGACAAGAGAAGACAGAGGAUUUAGAGCGAGUCGAUGUGCAUCGAGAACCGUCUGCGAGUGGAAGUCGCAUAGGGUAGUAUUAUCGUGAAUUGAUCACAAUG